AUGAGUGAGAGAUGGGACUCAAACUCUUCAGAAAACUGGCAUGACAUUUGGAGUGUCAAUGACACAAAGUAUCACCUAUAUUCAGAUAUCAAUAUCACCUAUGUGGACUACUAUCUUCACCAGCCUCAAGUGGCAGCAAUCUUCAUUAUUUCCUACUUUCUGAUCUUCUUCCUGUGCAUGGUGGGAAAUACAGUGGUUUGCUUUACUGUAAUGAGGAACAAACAUAUGCAUACAGUCACUAAUCUCUUUAUCUUGAACCUGGCAAUAAGUGAUUUACUGGUUGGCAUAUUUUGUAUGCCUAUCACGCUGCUGGACAAUAUCAUAACAGGAUGGCCCUUUGGAAGCACAAUGUGCAAGAUCAGUGGAUUCAUCCAAGGGAUAUCAGUCGCAGCUUCAGUCUUUACUUUGGUUGCGAUAGCUGUGGAUAGGUUUCGGUGCAUUGUCUACCCUUUCAAACCAAAGCUCACUAUCAAGACAGCAUUUGUCAUUAUUGUGAUCAUCUGGGUCCUGGCCAUUGUCAUUAUGUCCCCAUCUGCAAUAAUGUUACAUGUACAAGAAGAAAAAUAUUACCAAGUGAAACUCAACUCCCAGAAUAAAACCAGUCCAGUCUACUGGUGCCGGGAAGACUGGCCAAAUCAGGAAAUGAGGAAGAUCUAUACCACCGUGCUAUUUGCCAACAUCUACCUGGUUCCCCUGUCCCUCAUUGUCAUCAUGUAUGGAAGGAUUGGAAUUUCACUCUUCAAGAUGACAGUGCCCCACACAGGCAAACAGAACCAGGAACAGUGGCACAUGGUGUCCAAGAAGAAGCAGAAGGUCAUUAAAAUGCUCCUGAUCGUGGCCCUGCUUUUUAUUCUCUCCUGGCUGCCUCUGUGGACACUGAUGAUGCUCUCAGACUACGCUGACCUGUCUCCAAAUGAACUACGGGUCAUCAAUAUCUACAUCUACCCUUUUGCACACUGGCUGGCCUUUUGCAACAGCAGCGUCAAUCCCAUCAUUUAUGGUUUCUUCAAUGAGAAUUUUCACCAUGCUUUCCAAGAUGCUUUUCACCUCCAGCUCUGCCAAAAAAGAGCAAGACCCAAGGAAACCUACACCCUAAGAGCUAAAGACAAUGUGAUUAUAAAUAAGUCUCAUCAGUUAGCCCAGGGACCUACCGUUCAAAAUUCACAUGAGGAAAAUUUGCCUUGUAGGAAAAGUGCUGAAAAACCCAAACAAGAAUUGAUGAUGGAAGAAUUAGGGGAAGCUAUCCACAGCAAUGAGAUUUUAAAAGAGCUGGUAUGA